UGCUUAUAACUCGCGGUCGACGCCAUCUGUUUAUCAGUCUUUCAUCUUGCUAGCGGACAGUGAAGGUUACCUGCUUCAACAGUGCUUGAACGGCAACCUUUCGUCUGUCUUUAGACCGCACUUAUCAGUUUGACUACUCCAACAAGUAAAUCGCGUUUUACCUUGAAACAUCAGCUCGUUUAAGAUAUCCUGAACGCUUUGUUCCGUCAACGACGCAUUACCGCCUUUUCACCUCCUCACAAGAAGACCUGCCACUGAAACUUGAACCAUGAGUUCCCAGGUGAGACAGAACUUCCACCAGGACUGCGAGGCUGCAAUCAACAGGCAGAUCAACCUGGAGCUGUAUGCCUCCUACGUCUACCUGUCCAUGGGAUAUUACUUUGACCGUGAUGAUCAGGCAUUGCACAACUUUGCAAAGUUCUUCCGUAAUCAGUCACAAGAGGAGCGUGAGCAUGCUGAGAAACUGAUGAAACUACAGAACCAGAGGGGGGGCAGGAUCUUCCUCCAGGAUGUCAAGAAACCAGAGAGGGAUGAGUGGGGCACUGGACUUGAGGCCCUUGAAUGUGCCCUGCAGCUUGAGAAGAGUGUGAACCAGUCACUGCUGGACCUGCACAAAGUCUGUUCUGAUCAUGCUGACCCACAUCUGUGUGACUUCAUCGAGACUCACUACCUGGACGAGCAGGUGAGGUCCAUCAAAGAGCUGGCCGACUGGGUGACCAAUCUGCGCCGCAUGGGAGCGCCUCAGAACGGCUUGGCAGAGUACCUGUUUGACAAACACACCCUGGGCAAAGAGAGCAGCUAAAUGCAUCCAUCAAUUUUACAAAUGCUUUCUGCAUUUGUAUUGGGCUCUUGCAUACAAUCAUUCUUCUAAAAUGACACCAUCUGCAUGGUACUGGCAAGUCAUUUCAACUAUUUUAUUCAAACCUCUUGCCAUUUACUAAACAUUAAAAUAACUAAUCCCAGAGCUAUUGCAUUCAAAGCCCACUCUUGUAUCUUGCUUAAGUCAUCGCUAUGUAUUUGCUGUGUUUAUGCCAGAAGCAGUUAAAUAAACCAAAUAAAAUGAA